AUGGACUCUGGAUGCGCCGCCGUCGCCCCUGCGGUGGUCGUAGCCGCCGAUCUCGGGCCGGACGCGGCUGCACCCGCCGCUGCAGGGGCCGGGGACGUUGCCCCCCUUGCUCCAGGCGCGCGCCCCGGCGCGGGUCCUCUACAGCAGGCCCUGGAGCUGCCUCCCGUGGUGGAGCAGCCUGUGGAGGCCGCCAUGGCCGCCGCAGGUGCCGAUCUGGCCGCCCUGCGGGCCGCAGCACAACUGCUGCAGGCCGCGGGCACCGAUCCGGCGGUGCUGCGGGCCGCAGCCCAGCUACUACACGCCGCGGGGGCUGCUCCUGAGGACGCGGCCGCCGGUCCCGCCGUUGCUGCUGCCCACCGCGCCUCCAUCGCCGCAGGCAAGCAGCCCGUCGUCGACGCCGCAGGCAAGCAGCCCGUCGUCGACGCCGCGUCCGACACUGCAUGGACCGGGCUCGGGAUGCCGCCCGCGGAUGCGCCGCUCUCCGCCAUCGCCAUCCGCGGGCAGCCGGCCGACGCCGCACUCGCCGCGGCCCUCCUCGCCGCCAAGUCGGAGGCUUCGGCGGCUCAAGAGCGGGUCCGCGCAGCGUCCCUCGCCUGGGAGUGUGAGCGAUUCGGCUUCCCGGCGUCCGCUUCUCCGAUGUGA